AUGGCUCUUUAUGAUCGCAUUACCACUAUGAGGGAUCACCACAGUCGGAUUCUUGCUGAUCUCAAAACCGUUGAACAUACACCUGACACGCUAAAAUCCCACGAAGCCUAUCUGUCUGACCUACGUAAGCAACUCGCGCAGACCAGCGACCGCCUUGAGAAGGUUGCAGAGCUUACACAGAUCGAACGUGAGGAACAUGGGAAAUACCGCGAUAGUACAAUCCGUCGACUCAUGUACAGGGCGUCUGGCAGGCGGGACGAAUUCGAAAAGAAAGCUGACAAAGAGAUGCGAGAGUACUACAGUGCCCUCGAGAGAGAGCGUGCGAUCAAGGCGGAGAAGGAGAUGCUAGAGACUCAGAUUGAGGAGGCAACCGCAGCGCGGAAAGAGCUCCAAGCGGCAUGCACUGAACGCUUAAGGCUACAUGAAGAACUUGAAAGGCUUUAUGAGAAUCUGUUUGGUGGUCCGACCGCUGAAUUUCCUGAAGAAGAUGCGCUGGAGGAAGCCACAAAAGCUGCUCAAGCCUGGUAUGGUGAGCUCAGCGGACGGUUGAAUAACAUCUACCAAGCAGCGCAGUGCCUCGCAAAGGCACAGUUAACUGUCAAACAAGCUUUGCUGGACAUGUAUGAAGCGCUGCAGCACUGUCAGAGAGAUAUGUGGGGGUUUGGAAGCAUUCUUGCCGAUUUUGGAAAACAGAACUGCUUGUCCCGAGCCCAGUCGAGAGCUAGCCAGACGCAAGUGCUAGUAUCUCAGGCAAUGAGGCUGGAUCCAGAUGUGCAGCCUCUCCCUCGUAUGACUAUAGCACGCGGAAGCAUGAUAAGCGGAAUUCUCUUCGAUAACAUAUUUGUCGACCUGAACUGCCUCGCGAUGAUUCAGCAGUCCUUCAAUGAGAUGAAGAAUGUGGAGGUGUUUCUUAGGAUGCAGCUGACACAAGCCAAGUCUCGUGAAGCAAAUAUGCGCACUCGAGUGAAAUCAGCCGCAGCUGACCUCGAAAAUUCUCAAAGGGAACUACAGAGGACUCGAGAGCAGAUUUUCAGGAAUGUUGUCGACCCACCGCCUCCGUAUGUAGAAGAGACCACUGGAACACUCAUAGACUCUUAG